AAAGGACUUUAGCUGACCAGGCAAAUCAGUGUAUGUUUGAUGUUUUGGACUGUUUGCUCUGGAAAGUGGCAAAGGUUAUGUUUUAGCCCUUUUGAGGCACAGCUUUAUAUUCUCCAUCUAGCAAUUGCGGCCAGGAGCCUUCAGAAUAACUGCUCCGAAGAUGGGCCUUCUACAUCUCGCUACGAGUUUACUCCUCAUUUCUUCAGCAUUAUGUGGUGUGAAAGACCUGCAUGAGCAUUUUGCUAAAAGCGAUGGGGCAAGUCCUUUAGGAGCACGGGGUCUCUCUCCCCAAAGUGAGUUAAGUCUACAAGAUGAAACGGUGACGAAUGACCUUAUACCUGAAGGAGAGGAUGAUGAGGACUACAUAGAUUUUGACAAAAUAUUUUCUGAAGAUGAAGAUUAUCCAGAAAUUAUUGAUGCUCUUCCAGAAAUCAAAGGUGAUGAUAAAACUCAAGGAAAUAUAUAUGAACUUUUUCCUGGCAAAACUAGGAUUCAGAGGCUUAACAUCAUGAAUGCAAAGUUUGGCUUUAAUCUUUACCGUGCCAUUAGAGAGAAUACGAAUGUAACAGAUAAUAUCUUGAUGGCACCAGUUGGAGUGUCCACAGCAAUGGCUACAAUAUCAAUGGGAACAAAGGGGAAGACUGAAAGUGAAAUUUUGUCAACAUUAGGCUUCAAAGAAUUUAUCAACGCCAGCACCAAGUACGAUAAAACCACUAUUCACUCAGUCUUUCGUAAGUUAACCCACAGACUGUUUCGGAGAAACUUUGGCUAUACAUUAAGAUCAGUCAAUGACCUUUACAUCCGGCAAGAUUUCCCAAUCGAGAAAGACUUUCAGGAUAAACUGAAAAACUACUACUAUGCAGAGGCCCAAAUUGGUGAUUUUGCUGACAAAGCUUUUCUCCAUAAAGUUAACCAACGCAUUCAAAAGCUUACCAAAGGUCUGAUAAAGGAAGCACUUGCAAACCUGGACCCGAAUAUUCUAAUGUUACUGAUCAACUGCAUCUACUUCAAAGGGACGUGGGAGAAUAAGUUUCCACUAGAGCAAACCUACAAUGCAAAUUUCCGCGUGAGUGAAAAAGAAGUGGUAAAAGUUCCCAUGAUGAAGCUCAAAGGAAGUUUUUUGUUUGCUUUGGAUUCUGAAUUGGAUUGUGAUGUUCUGCAGUUGCCCUAUGUUGGUAAUAUAAGCAUGCUAUUAGUGGUGCCACACAAAAUAUCAGGUAUGAAGCUCCUUGAGAAGCAGCUCAGCCCACAUUUGAUAGACCGUUGGCAGAAGAGCAUGACUAACAGGACAAGAGAAGUUCAUCUACCAAGAUUCAAGCUGGAAAAGAACUACAACUUGAAGGAUGCGCUAAGCAGCAUGGGAGUGAAGGAAUUGUUCACAAGCAAAGCAGAUUUUUCAGGCAUUACAGAUGAAGACAUUAAUAUUGGCCUGUUUCAGCAACAAGGCAGCAUCACUGUGAAUGAAGAAGGCACUCAAGCAGGAGCGGUUACUGUGGUGGGAUUCACACCAUUAUCCAUUCCAACGCGCUUUAUUGCAGACCGUCCUUUCCUGUUUCUCAUUUAUGAACACCGCACAGAUUGUCUCAUAUUUUUUGGAAAAGUUGCCAAUCCUACUAAAUCAUGAGUCAGUCCUAUAAUAACUAAGCCUAAUCUUAGAUAAGAUUAUUAUAUAUAUGUAACAGAAACCAACUCUACCCAACAUAAAAGAACUCCCAAAAAGUUGUACAAAAAAUAUUGUAAGUGGCCCUAUAGAACAAGAUCUGAUCAUUCCCAUACUGUAAUUUAACCUUAUGGACGGCAAACAUGGUGAAGAAUCUUCUGUGCUAUAUCCAUUUGGAAUAAUGCAAUGAGUAAUAGGCAAAUGUCAGUCUAGACAGUGUACUCAUAUACCUGCCUAAUAAAAAUAUUCAUACUCCGUGUACUAUUGUACUAUUGUAUAAUGCAUAUAAGAAAGUCUUCAAUAAACUUAA